AUGAAGAAUGGAAAAAUUAGCAAAGAAGUCGCAAUUGCACUUUACAACCACAUUUCUGGAAGUAGUAUGCUCCCAAUUAUAAUUGACUACGUGACUAGUGGUGAAGUGAUUGGAAUAGAGCUGGUGGGACGUAAUGCAAUAAAGGAAUGGCGGCGCUGUUUAGGGGCGACAGACCCUGCUGAUGCUGAGCCUGGUACUCUAAGGCACUUAUACGGAGAAAACACGCUUCGAAACAUUGCCCACGGGUGUAACACGGCAGAAGACGUUAAUGAGAUGUUGGAGUUAUUCUUCGGGUAUGAAAAGGGGCACUUGCCACGCGUCCCGUACAGAGCGACAUUCGAGAACUGCACUUGUUGCGUGAUCAAACCUCAUGCCGUACUGGACGGCAACGUCGGCGCUAUCCUGGAAAAAAUAACAACUUCUGGAAAGUUUACUAUCACGGCCAUGGCCAUGUUUUCAGUAACAUUGUCUAACGCUGCAGAAUUUUAUGAAGUUUACAAAGGAGUCUUGCCUGAAUAUGAGGCUAUGAGCAUUCAUCUGGCAGAAGGCAAGUGUGUUGCCUUAGAGAUAAAAUCUGUCGAUCCUAAGGACAACUGUGUCUGUGCAUUCAGAGAAUUAUGUGGACCUCGAGACCCGGAUCUCUGUCGCCAGUUGUAUCCGACGUCAAUUAGAGCGUUAUACGGAUCAUCAUUGGUCCACAACGCAGUACAUUGCACAGACCUCCCUGAAGAUGGCGUGACAGAAGUUGAAUACUUCUUCAAAUUGUUAGCUAAUGAACGAUCAUAG